AUGGAUGCAACGGAUGCAAUACUGCACUUGGAUGCAGUGGCGCGUUCCAUACCAAAGCCUGUGUUCCCACCCGAUGCUCUAAAUUCUCAGAUAAUCCCAAAUAUCAAGGUCCUCCAACAGCAGAUAUCGGUUUACGAUGCCUUGCUAGAUCGUAUCGAUCAAGUCAGAUCGAAGAUGCAAAGCCGUCGCGAUGCAGUUUACAAGUCCAUGGUAGCGUAUUCCUCGACACUAGCUCCCAUUCGACAUCUCACCAAUGACGUUUUUCGUGCUGUGUUUCGUGAGAUACAGAUCUCUCUGUGGUGGAACAAGGAGGACCGUGACCAGAUGCUAGAUUUUUCACAAGCUUCAUGGACACUCAGCCAUUCCUUCAUUUUCAAUGGUUCCAUGGACCAAUGGACACUGCACCCUGUUCCGAUUGGGGCUUUGUAUGUCACGAAAUCGACGGUCAACGUCGCGCGUCUCGGAAACAGGGAAAGGCAAGCAUGA